UUCAUCAUUUUUCUUUGUUUGAGUUUCAACACCAUCAAACAAACAAACAAACAAAAAACAAUAAGUUUCAACAGCUGUUUUUUGAUCUGUGAUAAACCCGGACAAAUGUCACCGCCAAAUUCUCCUCCAUCAUCAUCACCACCACCACCAUCACCAUCAUCACCAGCACAGGAGGAUGAUAAUGAGGCUAUUGUCACCGUAACGGAUACUACAACUGAACCGCCAAUCAAAUCAUCAUUGGAUCUAAAUAGUUCUCGAAAAAGAAAAAGAAAAAAAUCAGCCUCACCAUCACGACGGCAAAUGAUACGUUCAACACCAAUUGAAAAAAUUAAAAUUCGUGCCAAAAUCAACCAAGAAAAUAAUAAUCAUGUUGAUGCCACCGAUGGAUUGAAUUGUCUUUUAUAUUUUCUUGCACAAUUUUUUGCAUUGAUCAUCCUAAGUUUAUUGGCUUGUUGGCUGAUUGAAUAUUUUGGUGGAUUUAGUUUGAUUCCAAAUGAUAAUGAUGGUGAUGGUUAUAAUUAUGUCGAUAGAAUUAUCAAUUUUCAUCCAUUGAUUAUGACAUUUAGUAUGAUUUUUACAUUGGCCAAUUCCAUAUUAUUUAUAAAUUCAUCAAAAAAACUCACCAAUGCACGGCUAUUUCUGAUUGUAAUGACAUUUUUAAUCGGUUUUAUUGGAUCAGGCAUUACAAUCUAUUGGCAUUUUAAAAUGAACUAUCCCCAUCUACAAUCAAUGCAUUCAUGGUUUGGCAUAUUAACAUGGUUGAUGAUUUGUUUCUAUAUUUCAUAUAUAAUUUAUGUUUAUGAUAAUAAUCAAGAUCUAAAUGAACGUCAACGUACGGAUAUGGUAUUUGCGGUUCGUUUAUUUGGCAUUGCUACGUUAAUUAUUGCCGGAACUACUUGUUUAUUGGGUUUGAAUCAACUAUUAUCAAUGACAAAUAUAGUGACAAAAAAUUCUACUACAUUGGAAUCAUCUGAAAUAGAAUCAUUAAUGAUGAUAAAUAAUUCAUCAUCGAUUGAAUUGAAUGCUGCUACUAAACUACGUUCACAAGCAAAUCUUUUAGCCAAUAGUAUUGCAAUGUUUAUGAUUCUUUACAUUCUAAUAAUGAUGUAUAUUAUCGUACGGUUACGAUAUAAACCACGUGGCAAUGUACGACGACAACGAAUGGAAAGACAAAUACGACAAACUAUUGAACGUGCUAUGCUUACAAUUGAUCCAGAAGAUGAAACUAGAUCCAAUAAUAAUUCACCGCCAUUAUUUUCACCACCAACAUGAGAUGAUAGAAAUAAAAACUUUAUUAAGUAAUACAA